AUGGAUAACAUAACCAAAUUGUAUAGUAUGUGGGACUCAGAGGCGCGCAAAUAUUCUACUCCUUAUAGCGGAGCCAAUGGUUUUAAUAACUCGGAAGAUCUUCACGCGUGGUCUAUAUAUAGACAGAAUCUGAACGCAGACUUCAGCGAAUCGGCGCUCGGAGUAAAUAAGAGCAACAAUUCUGAGCGGCCUUUCGGUAAUUUCCAGCUCAAGGAGACGACAGUGAAUAAUAUCCUAAACCACCCAAAAUAUGGCCCCCGAUUCAAGAAUCAGGACGCAUACACUUACCUUAGGUUCGGUUUACCGCGGGUUAAGACCACUCAGAGUGAGAUCGGAGGGGGUGUAAAGCGGGGCGAAGGCAUUACUAGUGCUUCGGGAACUCAUCCCACUAAUGGUCACAUUCGAGCCAAUCAUCACAUGAAUACGGAUUCAAGCAAUGCAUCGGAUUCUCCAUAUAUGGAGCGCAAAGAAGCGAAGAGAACGUGGAAGAGUGAUCCCGAUCUCUUGAGGACACACACGGAAUCAGCUCUCAUGACAUCGCAUUACGAGCGAAAUCACAGACAUAAUCAUCAAAGACCAGAAUCGAAACAUAUUACGAGUCAAUCAUUGAUUUCUGGCAACAAUAAGUCUCAAAGUGAAACCGAUCUGAGAUUUCCUAACAGUAAAAUGAAUGGCGCAAAGAAUGAGGGCUUUUCUCUGUCCAAAAUGGAUAUGUCGGGUCUUAUUCCUGCGAAACACCCGCAUCUCAUUGUGAGCGGUCUUUACUAUGAAUUGGAUAAGUCCUCGACGUGGAGAAGGCUUUGCGGAGUUCGGCGCCAAAAGUUAAAAUGUUGUUUCAAAUAUGCGUGGAAUUCAAUGAAUUAG